CUUGCUGGUGGGAGCCCAGCCAGUGCCAUCACUGAAGUUUUCCUCUCUGGUAGUAACCCUUGUCUGGGAUGUCAAGCUGAUAUUAAUGAAGCUUGUUUAGAUCAGAAAAUACACUUCAUAUGUACAACUCAAAUUAUCUUCCAGUUCUCCCAUCUCCUUAACAAGCAACUUGUCUCUUACAGAAACCCCCUGAGCAAAGUUAGAAACUGCUUGAUGUAUGGGUUCCUCCAGCCGCGUCUGGACCAGGAGGCCGGCAGAAGGCCUUCCUUGCCUCGCUCCUGGUCUCCCUGCAGGUUCACCACUGUGCUGUCUGCAUCUGCCAACUGGGAGGUGUUUAUUGACUCAGUUGCAUCCCUCCUGAGGACACAUGACUUCGGUGGCCUGGACCUCUUCUUCUUGUACCCUGGACUAAGAGGCAGCCCCAUGCACGACUGGUGGACUUUUCUCUUCUUAAUUGAAGAACUCCUGGUUGCCUUCAGGAAGGAGGCACGGCUCACCAUCCGUCCAAGGCUGCUGCUCUCUGCUGCUGUCUCUGGGGACCCAGACAUCGUCCAAACAGCUUAUGAUGCGUGCUGUCUAGGAAGACUCCUGGAUUUCAUCAGUGUCUUGUCUUGUGACUUACAUGGAAGCUGGGAAAAAUCACAUAACAGCCCCCUGUUCUCUCUGCCUGGAGACUCCAAAUCUUUGGCAUAUGCCAUGAAUUCCUGGCGAAAGCUUGGGGCACCCCCAGAGAAGCUCCUCAUGGGGCUACCCACCUAUGGACGUCCCUUUCGCCUCCUCAGAGCCUCAAAGACUGGGCUGCAGGCCGAAGCUGUGGAACCCGCAUUUCCAGGGAAGUACAUCAAGCAAGCUGGCUUCUUGGCUUAUUAUGAGAUUUGCUACUUUGUCCAGAAAGUGAAGAAGCGCUGGAUUGAUUAUCAGUAUAUCCCAUAUGCCUACAAGGGGAAGGAGUGGGUUGGCUAUGAUGAUGCCAUCAGCUUCAGUUACAAAGCAUUGUUCAUAAAGAGAGAACAUUUUGGGGGUGCCAUGGUGUGGACACUGGACCUGGAUGAUGUCAGGGGCACUUUCUAUGGUGUGGGCCCUUUCCGCCUUGUCUAUGUGUUGAAUCAUCUCCUGGUACAGGCUGAGUUCAGCUCAACUCCUUCACCAAAAUUUUGGCUCUCAUCUGCUAUGAAUUCUUCAGGAACCGACUCUGAAAGGCUGACUGUGACCAAGGCAUUGACCACUGAUUUGGGGAUUUUGUCCCCAAGGGAAGAGGCUAUGGCCACUGAGACCCAUAGAAAGUCUGAAAAUAUGACCACAAUCCCCAGAGGUGGGACUGUGACCCCUGUAAGGGAAACUAUGUCCUUUGGAAAGAGCACUGUAGCUCUGAAGACCAUGACCCCUGUGGGCCAUCAGUCUGUGACUCCUGGAGGGAUAACUAUGACUCAUAUAUAUCUUUAGACUGUGAACCCUGGAGGAAUGACUUUGACCCCUGUGGGUCAUCAGUCUGUGACCCCUGCAAAGAUGACUAUCACUCCUAUGCAUCUUCAAACUGAGACCCCUGGAGAGAAGAUCAUACCCCUUAGAAGGAAGACUGUAGCCACUGAAAAGAUGACUAUCCCCUCUGGAAAGAUGACAGUCACCCAUGGGCAGACUAGGACUCUAAGAGGAGAGAAUUUGACUUCUGAGGUGAGCACUGACCCCCUGAUGGGUUACUUUGGUCUUCAGACGGAAGCUGAAAACAGGGUGCUGUCCUCUGGCCCUAUCAUCUAAUUCCCAGGAUGCACUCCUCUUUCUUUUGACACCUUUGUUCCCAUUGAUGGGAACCAUUCCUUUGUCAACUUAAUGGCCCUUCCAACAAUCCUUCUAUCUAAAAACUCUACUGUGGAUCAAGAAGCCUAAGCUCUGUUGGUGGGAGAAGCUGGGGAAAGUCCUUGUCUUUUCUUCUAGGUCACCUGACAGAAGCUGCCUGUGCCCAGCCAUUCAUAAACCAUUCGUGGGGCAAAGCAUGCCCCAAAGCCACAGCGAGUUAAUCACUUUUCUGUUGAAUAAACUGAAAACACAAGAA